AUGCUCCUCCCCACCUUCACUCUCCUCCUAACCCUCCUCUCCCUCACCAGCCAAGCCUCAGCAGCGACAUGGUACUUCCUGCGGUACUACACGCCCUCCGGCUCUAAAUUCACCUCCUUCUCCGGCGACCUCGUGAUCCCGACCCUGCCCCAAGCGGGGACGUACUACCUCUGGCCCGGUCUGCAGCCCACCGACGGCAGCGGUGUCUACCAAAACGUGCUGGACGGUCGCAGCGGCACGUGGUGGAUUGGGUCCGGCUGGUGCUGUAGUAACCCCAGUUUGCCGUGGGGAGGCGGGUUCAACACGUAUGCUGGGGAGACGGUGACAUUUAACAAUGCGUUGACGAGCGACGGUUCGGGGUGGGCCUCGACACUUACGCGGAAGGCGACGGGGGCGGUAGUGUCGGACACGUUUGCGCUUGCUAGCAAAUCGUUCAACCAGGUUCUCUUUGCUAUUGAACUCACUGGUGUCAGCUGGGACUUUGGUCCAUUGGAGUUCAAGAACGUCAAGAUUACAAGCACGGGUACCGACUCGAGCUGGUGCGACGACUCGCCCGAGAAUUAUGGUUCCGCUUCGGUAUUCUCCAUUAGUGGCGUGAAGGCCAGCGUCAGUGGGAGUGUCGUGACCUGCACCAUGACUUCUGUCAUACUCGAGAAGCCAGCUUAG